AACAUAAAUACAUCAACAUUUUUUAAACAAAUGAAAUGUUGUUUAGAAUCGCGUAGCGGAACUUCUUUGCAUAUAAAAGCCCAUCAAAACAAAAAAGCAGUUCUAAAUGGAUUCUAGUCACCAAAUAAAUGUACCUUUGCGAUCCGGUGGCAAAAAAAUUAAAAAACGGAGGGAGCUUGAUGCGCUUAUAGCACAUUCCUUUGGGAAAAAACAAACUAUCCGACGUAAUAAUUUAAAUAGGCUCUCGCAAGAUAAAUUACUAUCUGCAUCAACUGAUGAUGCUGAGGACUAUACUUGGAUACAACUGAACAGACCCAAAAACGCUAGGAGUGCAAACCGUUGUCAGAAUCGUAAAAGUAUGAUCUGCAAGCGCUUGCUAAUGUUCAUAGCAAGUAUCUUUUUAAUAGGACUUCUUUAUUGGAUGUAUUUGGAUUUACGACAAGAAAUAUAUGAUUAUAGACAAAAACUUGAAGAAG